UAGAGUCCUAUAACCACCUUCUGCUGUUGUGGACCGCUUUGAAUGAUCGUGAGACAGAAGGUGACUUCCGCUGGUUUGAUGGCUCUACCUACAACUUAAAUAUUGAAAUGACAUCAUCGCUUGCACCCAAUCAAACGGGCUGUGUUGCAAUGCAGAAGAAUGCGACUGGAGCAGGAUACUUCUUCACUGCUUUCCUGUGUUACCUGCAGCUUCCCUACAUAUGUCAAGAAGAGUUAUUGCAGAGCAGCAGUAAAUUGCUGGAUCUGGAGAGUGUGUGCGAGACUGAAGCAGCAUUUAUCUGGUCGAAUGAAUCUCACCUGGACUUAUCUGCUGGUUUUACUCUUGCUCUACAAUCAGAAGAUGAAUCAAAGGAUGAAACCGUCUCACAUAUUGCACUCACAAACACUCAAGACAGAGUGAGAGUUCAAGAUCUCUCUCCUGGCCACAUCUAUCAUUUCUCACUGGUUCUUACGCGCCCCAGGGGGGCGUCUCAGACACUUGGACCUAUUUUUAUUGUCGAUACAAAGCCAAAUCCUCCUCAGAAUCUUACAGUGACAGCUGUCACAUCCAAUCAAAUUGCAUUGUGUUGGACUGCUCCUGAUUCUACCCAUAACGCUCAGUUUGAGCACUUCAUCUUGCACUGGGCGGAUCUAGCCUCUGGCAGAGGCCAUGCCAUUCGCUUGGACAAGAUGAAUCAGAGCGCUGUGAUUGGAGGGUUGAAGGCGUGUCAUGCUCACAGGAUCACAGUUUUGUCUGUCACAGCUCAAGGUGUGGAAAGCUCUAACAGUAUGUCCGUGACUGUUAUCACAGGUAUAUUUUGCAACACAUUAAGUGUGUAG